CAGGCAAGACUAAUCCUCCCACCGUACAAAUUACCGCGUCUUUACGGGCUACAGUCACUCGGUCAUGACUGAGUUUUGACUCACCGAGUUCAAAAUCCCCCAAACCCGGGAUUCGGAAUUCCACGAGACUCGGUGGCGGUACUGUUCCGAUGGGGAGCGUUGGAGAGGUCGGAGAAGGGCGGGUGUUGUCGGAUGUGGAGGAGACUAUAUUUGUUGCUGUGGGGAAGGACGUGAAGCAGAGCGAAACGACGCUGGCUUGGGCGGUGAAGAACUUCGCCGGGAAGAGGAUUUGCCUGCUACAUGUUCACAAACCUUCUCUUCUACUGUCGAUGUCAGAAGGGAUCGGUUCUGCUAGUAAAUUGAAACAAGGAGCAGUUAAGGUGUUACAGGUAGCUGAGAGGACGAAAUUACGAAAGCUUCUAGAUCAAUACCGAAUGAUUCUCACCGGAGCGGGGGUGGAGGCAAAUGAAUUAUGGAUGGAGAUGGGAAAUGUCGAAGAGGGGAUUGUCGAAAUAGUUGCUCGGCACCAUAUUAGAUGGCUUGUCAUGGGGGCAGCUGCAGAUGAACAUUAUUCUGAGAGAUUGGCUGAGAUAAAGUCCAGGAAAGCAUUUUUCGUAUGCCAAAAGGCAGCUAGUUCCUGUCAUAUUUGGUUUGUUUGUAAGGGGUACCUCAUAUAUACAAGGGGAGACAGAGAAGAUGAAUCUGAAAUAGAAAUUGCCCCUCCUCUGCUGCUGACGAAUUGGGCUUUUGGAACAGAGCAACCAGAACACUUCAGAUCAGAAUCAACUGAUUCGCUGAGAAAUCUGAGCUCUGCAGAUGCUGAGGAAGAUACCAGCGAGUUGGAAGAAAUAUCAGGGAGGUCGACCCCGUUGAUGAUAGAUGCGGAGGGAGAAGAAAAUGGUGAAAGUUAUCAUAGCGUAGAACAAGCCAUUGUGGAUGCUAAGAACUUAAAACUGAAGGAAUUUGAAGAGACAACUAGGCGGUGGAAAGAGGAAGAUGAUGCGGUGGAGGCUAAAUGCAAGGCCAAAGCAUUUGAAAGUUUAUGCACUAAGGAGAUGAGCCAAAGAAAAGAGAUGGAAGAAAUGCUUGCUAGAUUAAAGCAAGAAAUAGACAGGGUGAAGGAUGAGAGUGAGGAAUCUAUAAGACAACUCCCAAUGGUUGAGGACAAGAAGUUAGUGCUGGAGAAACAACUAGAAGCGUCACAAAGUGAGGUCAAGGAGUUAGAGGAGAAAAUCAUCUCAGCUGCGGGGCUCUUGAUAAGUUUCAGGGAAAAACGGGAUAAAAUGAAGAUAGAGCAUAGAAAUGCAAUGAGAAAAGUCAGACAGCUAGAGACAAUGAUAAAUGGGGAAGCUGCAAGCUUUGAUCAGGCAGAAUUCCCUAUCUUCUCUUUUAUGGAGAUCAACGAGGCAACUCACAACUUUGAUCCGUCCUGGAAGAUUAAAGAAGGAAGGCGCGGAAGUGUUUAUAAAGGGAUUCUUCGCCACAUGCAUGUUGCUAUUAAGAUGUUGCCUUCUUAUGGUUCUAAAACUCAAUUGGACUUCGAACAUGAGGUAGAGGUCUUGAGCAGAGUGCGGCAUCCAAACUUAGUAACACUAAUUGGAACCUGUCCAGAAUCCAGGUCAGUUGUAUAUGAGUACCUAAAGAAUGGCUGCCUUGAAGACCUCCUUGCCUGCAAAGACAACACUCCGCCUCUUCCAUGGCAAAUUCGAACGUCCAUUGCUACAGAGAUAUGCUCUGCCCUCAUAUUCCUUCACUCAAAUAUCCCCUGUCUUGUCCAUGGGAACGUGAAACCCAGUAACAUUCUCUUUGAAGCGAACUUUGUGAGCAAACUUAUAAAUUUGGGCAUCAACUCUUUGAUCCCACAGAACGAAAACCCGACCAACUUCACCAAAAUACGUAGUGACCCAAAUGGAGCUCAUGUGUAUAUGGAUCCAGAGUAUCUUGAAACUGGAAAACUCACACCAGAAUCAGAUGUUUACUCAUUCGGGAUUAUACUGUUGCAACUUUUAACUGCAAGUCCGCUUUCAGGAAUAGUGAAGGAUGUGAAAUAUGCAUUAGAAAAUGACAACUUCAAAGCAUUGCUGGACGUUUCAGCCGGAGAUUGGCCACUAGAGCAAGCAAAAGAGAUGGCUUACAUAGCACUGAGGUGCUGCGAGAACAAGCGCUUGGAUCGGCUAGACCUAUUGGUUGCCCACGAGGCAAUGAGAGCUUCAUACGCUGCCUCAGCAACGUGCUUGGUUUCCAAGAAGCUUAUUCGGACACCAUCCCAUUUCGUCUGCCCCAUUCUGCAGGAAGUCAUGCAAGAUCCACACAUUGCAGCAGAUGGUUUCACAUACGAAGAAGAAGCAAUACGGGGAUGGCUGAAAAGCGGCCACAACACGUCGCCGAUGACAAAUCUUGAGCUCGAACACUGCAAUCUGGUCCCCAAUUAUGCCCUCCAGUAUGCAAUUCAACAGUGGCAACUACAGUUGUAAAAAUUACUCGCAUCUUUACUUCUUUUACUGUUUGUAUACACAGUGAUUAUACCUGCCUGUAGCAUCAUUAUCUUUAGAAAAUGAUUUUAGGCCAAAAUUAAUUACUGAUUAUACUUCAGAACCAUGGAAAUCGGAAGCUCGUAGUCUAAUGAUACUUUUUUAUUAUUUUCUCAACA